CAUCCGCGCAAUGUUGUAUGCAUGCUCUCCUAUAUCCCUACCUCACCUCCCCCACACUUCCUACUAUAUCACUACCUGCUCCAACAUUCCCAACCAUACUUGGGCAUAGUAUGGUGCUGCCACUAUAAUGCAGGUAUAUCUUAGCCUUAAAGGGUUCAUUGUCGUCAUAUGCGUGCCCAACCUUCUCUUCAUGGGCUUGCAGCUUACUGCUUGCAUGCAUUAGCGUGAGCCCAACAUUCAUUCGUCUCUCUAUCUACCAUGUGAGCAAACAGCAACAGCAAACAUUCUGGGGUGUUGUCAGAAUCGGGUCGGGCCCCUACCGGCCUAUCUUCUUCCCCGCAGUGUCAGAGGAAGCAUUAAUCGGCCGAAGCGAAGGUUGCGUGGUGAAGGCACGGGAGGAUGUCGUACAUACCGCAUUUGUAGCGCGGAUCUCAGAGAUUCGAAAGAGCCUCAAUCUGAAAAUAAUCUGGCGAGAUGGUGUCCAGAGGCACUUAAAGCAGCCCUUUUCCCGUACGGUGGGUCGUCUCUCAUAUCUCCAUGUGAGAAACUACUCAUCUUGCUAUUUGCACCCAUUACUGCACUCUACUUUCUCAAACCUACGGACAUGGCUGGGGGAAGACCCAAGAAGGGUCGUAAAGAGAGCGUCGCUACUGGUUGGCUCGGAUGGGAGUAUGACUAUGAUAAAGGGUGCUAUGUCAACUCUAAAAUCAACAGCGAUGGAGAGGUCGUAACUAUGGAUGGGGGACCGUGCCCUCCCCCUGUAGCACAAACAGGAGGCCUGGAAGAACGCCUAGACCAAUUCAGCCUUUCUCCGGAUGAGCCCCAGGUUGAGGGAGAUGAAGAUGCUGCUCAAGAGGAACAUAUGUUGCCAUCUUCGAGUGACAUCGAAUUUCAAUCGCCCCAGCCCUCCGAUGGGAGAUCAGCAAGCUAUCCGCCUUUUUCUUCCAGCCCAAACUCGUCUCUAUACUCUCAGAGGCCAAAUGGUGACCACAGUAAAAUGUUCACAGUUGCCGCCCCCGGCCUUGAGGAUCAGACGUAUGAUCCCAAUGCAUCCGAGAUUGGCAUGGCUCCAUCUGAAAACAUUGCACCCCAGGGUCAAACAUACCCAGCUUAUUCUGUUGCCAGUUACGGAAGGCCCCGAUCCGGAACUGCCUUGUCUCAAAACUCAACAGGCUCAUACUAUCCUCCCAUCAACUACAGGACAAACACCAUCGAUGAGGGAGGCGAAUUGCUUGGAGACCCCGUAGCCCGAUCCUAUGACAGCACUUCCCAGCCUACCAACACGAAUUUCGGAGGACGCCUCCCCCCAACGGGGCCUGCUAACAAUCAACGGCGUAACCGUGGAGGUCGCAGAUACAGUGGCCACACGAAUGCCAGUCUCGUCGAAGCAAAGGAUACGACGACGGAGUUUUCAUCCAAAAGCGGGCUGUGGGAAGAGUUCAAAAUUGCACACUCCAGCGAGUUCAAGGAAAGACGUGUAUUUAAAGUCGUGUGGACUGAGCCAAACGGCGUUGACCCUAGGGAAAACUACAGCAGCUUUAGCAAGGUCACUGCAAGUAAGCAUGGCGAACUGGCAUAUACCUCGAUCCGACGUUUUGUUGUUUGGAAAAAUUACGAUGGUCAUGCCAUUUGUCUCCCAGUCCUCACCUAUCGCGGUAAGGGCACGGCCAAGCCCGGCAUCAAAGCUGCGCACCAUGCCAUCAUCUUCACCGAGUCUAAAUUGGCCAACCGUAGCAUCAAACACCCUCCUCGCGAAACCAAACCCGAGAAGAAGCUAACCAACGCACCCAUCUGCGUCGAACUGAUGGACCGGCGAGAACAGCUCGACGUCAUGUCGCGGCUCAACUACGCAAAGGUGUACACAGUUGAGCAUAAUGUCAAAGUCUGCUUCAUCGGGAAGAUCCACAAGGAUUCAGUGAAGGAGUUCAAGGCGACGUACAAAAAAAUCCAAAAAGACGUUGAUUCCCCACCUGAGUCAGCGGUGGACGAUGAAGUAGGCGAAAGCUACAACGGGGCCGGGGUAGAGGGAGAGGAGAAUCUCUAUCCAGAUAACAGAAGAUAACAGAUGAUGGCCCCCCUAUAUGCGCCACACGCGCGUCUUCGGGGGUUAAGGCGGUCCACGGACUUCGCCUAUUCAUACGUUCGUCGGCCUUCCGCUCGCUGAGCUGGAUGAGCUGGCGCUAUUGUGGUCGAGGGACCAGGAGUCCCACAUGGAUCUGGAAUCUCCCAGGGACCACGUCGAUGCGAGAGCCGACCUUUUAGGGGUUAGGUUUCCUCCAUUGACUAUUCGUUACGUUUUGACGAGUUGGGGCUGUUUUAUCAGCUCCUCGGCUCGUUGUGAUUUUACGGCCGUUUUCGCACGGCAUUAUGGUCUGUUACGCGCCUUGACGGCACCAACGAUUUAUUUCAUGAUUCUCCGGCCUGUUUUUCAUUGCGGGAAUCUUUUAUACGCCUCGACGGCAAUUCGAAUUACUCGCUGUGCGAUUUCACAUCCUAUUUCCAUCACGGGGAUUUACUACACGCCUUGACGGACCUGCACACAACUUACGAUUCUCACUUUCUCACUCUACACCUGUUAUACGCACUUUCUCACUCUACGCCUGCUAUGCACCUUCCCAACCUUUGGCCUUCACGACUUCACGGCCGCCACAACAACGCCCAAUCUCACAUUUAUCCCACCUCUUCAUUUCCAAUUUAUUCCUUUACACACGAGCCAGCACUCUGGGCACGCUGCAGGGAUCAGAUCAGCUACUGGUAGUUUCAGCCACCAGCCCAGAGGAUCAACGACAGAUUCAACCAGAUAUCAGAGAAUCCAUCGACAGCAAAUUCAACCAAAUUCCAGGGGAUCAACGAACAACAGAUUAUAUGACAGGGGCAGAUUGGGUGGGAGGAUGGAUAUGUUUAUUUGAUAUUUACUUGCUUGCUUUCUUUGGAUAUAUGGUACGGGCGACGAGAGAUGGGAUACUCGUGUAGCCAGUUUUAUGUAUUUAGUUUUUGAGUGUUGAAUUUAUAUUGUCAUUGCG